GCCACCUGCAGCGCCGCGUGCGGGCCGGGCGUCCGCGCUCCCGGGGCGGCCGCAGUCCCGCCGCCCCCACUUCGCCGACCGAGCCUCCGGCGCUUCGCGGAGCCGCCCGCGCUCCCGUGCAGUGAGCUGGACAUGAUUUCCACGAGGGUGAUGGACAUUAAGCUUCGGGAGGCCGCAGAAGGCCUUGGGGAGGACAGCACAGGAAAGAAAAAGUCCAAAUUCAAAACGUUUAAGAAGUUCUUUGGGAAGAAGAAGAGAAAGGAAUCUCCUUCUUCCACAGGAAGUAGCACGUGGAAACAAAGCCAGGCGAAGAAUGAGGUCAUUGCCAUCGAGUCGGGGCCAGUGGGCUACGACUCAGAGGAUGAGCUGGAGGAGUCAAGGGGCACGCUGGGCAGCCGGGCCCUCUCACACGACAGUAUUUUCAUUCCUGAGUCGGGACAGGACCCUCCUCGGCCGGUGCGGGUCUUUUCCCAAGAAAAUGUGUGUGACCGGAUUAAAGCUUUGCAGUUAAAAAUACAGUGUAACGUGAAAAUGGGGCCGCCACCUCCUCCGGGGGGCCUUCCGGCCAGGCGGGGAGAUGAUGCUGGCAUGAGCUCUGAGGACGACGGUCUGCCCAGGAGCCCCCCAGAGAUGUCCUUGCUGCACGACGUCGGUCCCGGCACCACCAUAAAGGCAAGUGUACUCUUCUCCAGGCAAGCGAGCGACACCUCCGUCUCCCCCAGGACCUCGGACAGCAGUGUGGCACCCGUGGCUGAUUUCGAUUAUCCCCCAGAAUUCUCCUCCUGCCUGGACAACUCUGCGGCCAAGCACAAGCUCCUGGUCAAGCCCCGCAACCAGCGGUGCAGCAAAAUGCGGCGUCUGUCCUCGAGAGCCCAGUCCGAAUCCCUGAGCGAUCUGACGUGUACCCCAGAGGAGGAGGAAUACGACGAGAAGCCGCUACCCAAAGUCAGCACGGAGGAGAAGCCCAGUUCUGGGCAGCAGGACGGGGGACAGGACAUUGGCGCUGAGCCUGGGGGGCAGGCGACCAUGCUGCCACUUGCGGGGCCCCGUGCGCGGCGGGCGCGCCUGCAGCACUGCCCGGCGCUCACCGCCAGCACCGAGGAGGAGAACCCCCCGGGGGAGAACCCCUCCAGCCGCCUGGCCACCCCCGAGGUCACGGAGGUCACAGAGCCCGUGUCGAGCCCACACCCCCGCUCGGAGUCCCCGUCUUGGCCAGAAGGCUCCCCGCACCCUCACCCUAAUCCCGACAGCAAAAACCCGAGGGAGGAGCUGUCCCUGGAAACCCGGUGUCCCCCCGGCGGGGACACAGCGGACGAGGUGGUUUGUGCUUCAGGAGACGUCGAGGGACGAUUAUCUCCCUGCAUCCCCGAGGGGGACACGACCCCUCCCGAGCCCGGCCCCACAGCCAGCCGGGAGACGCCCCCUGGUCCCGACGGGCCAGACCACACCGGCCCGAAGGAGGUGCGACUGACCCUGGAUGCGCCGGGUCCCGAGGGCGCAGGGCCAGAAGCCCCCGCCCCCAGCCCGCCGGCCCCCAAGAGCUGCUUGAAGCACAAGGCCUCGGCUGCGACAGCGAACGCGAGCCUCGGCGCGGGCCCCUCACCGCCUGCCUCCGAGGCGCCUGCAGAGGCGGCCGCACCCCGAUCCCUGGACCAGGAGGCGGCGCCCCCGGAGCCCCCCAGGGCCGAGCGGGAGGGGUCCCCCACGGAGGCGGCGGCGCCGGAGCGCAAGAUGGAGCGAGGAGGCCGCGAGGCGCGGGCCGCCAAAAAGUUCUCGGUGUCGUCGGGCCGCGAGUGGCCGCGCGCGGGGGGCCGCCUGCUGGAGCCCCGGGGCCCCGCCGUCCGGCUGCCGCUUCGCAGGAGCGGUCCGGCCUGGAAGAGCGAGGCCGCCCUCGAGGACCUCCCGGCGCCCGCCGAGCCCCAGGGCCCGAAGCCCGGCCCUCGGAAGCCGCCCGCCCCGGCCGAGCGCGGCUCUCCGGACGCGGCCACCGCGGACCCCGGCCCGGCCGCCCGGGAGAGGCCCGCGGGCGGGGACGGAAGCCCCUUCCCCGUCAAGCUCCGCUCUACGUCUCUGUCCUUCAAACACAGAGAAACGCCCUGCCCGGAGGGGAGGGGAAUCAAGAGGUACAGCGCGGAGGUCAGGCUGGAGAAAGGAGGGCUGACCCUGCUCUCCAGGAACGACAAGGGUCCGCCCGGGACGGGCCCCGCCGCCCGAGGCGCCAGGUCUCCCAACGAGCCGGGGAAGGCGAAGACCCGGUCCGCCGAGCAGCUCAGCUCCAAGCCGCCCCUGCCCAGGAAGCCGCUGCUGCAGACCCUCACCCUCCCCCAGCUGCCCACGCCCCCCGACGCCAGCCCCCGGGACCCCGAGAAGGUAGGGCCGCCCGCCGACCCCAGGAAGGAGAGCCAGGCGGCGGAGAGGAAGUCGCCCCACAGGGCAGCUGAGAAGGCAGCAGGGCCUGGGACCGACGGCCAGCCCGCGCCGCCCUGGAUCACCGUCGGGCGGCAGAAGAGGCGAGGGGCCCCGGAGCAGCCAUCCAGCCAGGAAGACAAGCCUGGGGCCGGGACCUUGAAGUCUGACACAGGAAGGCCAGCCAGGGUGCCCGAGAGAACCCAGGAGUCCGUGAAGCAAGCCGACUUCGUCCGCAGCAAGUCUUUCCUGAUGGCCCCUGCCAAGCCCGCUGUGGACCAAAGGCAGGGGACAAAGCUCCACCUCCAGGAGGGGCUGCAGAGAGGGAUCUCCUUGUCCCAUCAGAACUUGGCCCAGUCGGCAGUGAUGAUGGAGAAAGAAUUGCAUCAGCUGAAGAGGGCCAGCUAUGCCAGCACAGACCAGCCAUCCUGGAUGGAACUUGCCAGAAAGAAGUCGCAAGCUUGGAGCGACAUGCCCCAAAUUAUAAAAUAGGUUAACAGUGUGCUGGUAAAGAAUGCCACUACCUUGACGGGUCACUUUCUUUAAAACUGCCACUAAAUCAAGGCAAACAAACUGUGAAACUUGAGUGAUUUUAUCAUCAGGUUACGGGAGAGCGAGCUCGGGGAAGAGGAAGAAACCAGGCAGACAAGUUGGACGGACACAUCGCCAAGGGCCUGGGCCAGAGGUGCCCGAAGACAAGAAAACCAUUGAAAAGGGCCAGGAACGAGGCUCUGUGCCCACAGGUAUGAAUGUGAGUCUUUCAGAAUCCCCAGGAUAAAGAAGGCUCGGGCAGGGAAGCAAAUGCAAACGAAGCGUGGAUGCAGAACUCGGAGGGCCGUGUGUCUGCGCCUCCAUCUGAGAUCAGCUGUGUCUCUGGCCAUUGUCCUGCCUGUGGAGCCCAUCUUCUCCUUUCAUGUUUACCGUUAGGCAUGACAUUGAUGGUAAAACAGGGAUGCCGUUUCCAAGAGCAGCUAUAACACGGUCCGUUUUCCUGAAGGCAGCUACUCCAAGAAGGAGUGGAAGGAACACAGCAGGGUUCAUCAGUUCAUAGACUCUUUCCAAAAUUAAUUUUUAAACUUUUCCACUUGGCAUCUGUGUCCCUCACUAUUGCACAAUGCAUUGCCUGUUCAAAUAA